AUGAUUUUCAACUACGUAAGAGAACCAACAUUGGGAAAUCUUAUGCCUUAUCGUGAUGCCUUCAAGUAUUUGGAAAGAGGCAUGAAAUGUGUGGGUUGGAUUCUACCGGAAAGAGGAUUUCGUUAUUACUGGCUCUAUCUGUGCUGGAUGGCAUUGGUACUCACAGUAACAAAUAUAUAUUUGCCAAUCGUAUCCACUCUGGGCUAUGUGAUUUAUUUUGAGCCAAGUGCAUUUCUAUCCAAAUUGCAAUCCUAUUUCAAUUUAAUUACUCUCUACUAUAAGACGGCGGUAAUUUUGACAAAUAUGUGGCGUUUCCAAAAGGUCAAGGAAUUAUUCGAUCUCAUGGACAAACGUUGCGUCACAAAUGUUGAACGCAUUGAGGUGCAUCGCUGUGUUGCACGCUGCAAUUGGGUGUAUCUUAUUAAUCUAUUCCUCUACACUGCUUUUGCAAUAUUAUCGUAUUUGAGUGCAGUGCACCGUGGAUUUACUCCCUGGGGUUUCUACAUGCCGUUUGUGGACUAUCGUGAGAGCACCAGAAACCUCUGGAUUGCGGCCACUUUUGAGUACUUUGUGGGUUCGUGUGCGGUUUAUGCAGACCUCAUGAUCGAUACCUAUCCGCUUAUGUUUGGCUUGAUUUUAAGAUCUCAGCUUCAGCUGUUGAUAAAGCGCGUUCAUAAAUUGCGAACAAUUCCCGAUAAAACGGACAAUGAGAAUUACGAUGACCUGGUUAAAUGCAUCAAGGAUCACAAGCUUGUGCUGCAAUAUUGCGAUCUAUUUCGACCAAUCAUUUCUCGCACAUUUUUCGCUCGGCUACUGGUAAUAGGAUUGGGCCUGGGAUUGUCGAUGAUUAAUUUAAUGUUCUUUACAACAUUUUGGACUGGCUUGCCCACAUUUAUAUUUAUUGUUAUCUUGGUAAUCCAGUCAUCUCCCUUUUGCUAUGUCUGCGAAUUGAUCAAAGAUGAGUGCUACAACUUAACUUUGGCUAUAUUUUACACGAAUUAUGUCGAUGCUGGGAGGCGUUAUAAUUCAACACUCAUCUACUUCUUGUACCAGUCUCAACAGGCGAUUAACUUUACUGCUGGCGGAAUCUUUCCAAUCUCCAUGCAAACCAAUAUUAGCUUUACCAGGUUUGCUUUCACAGUUGUCACCAUCUUCAAGGAAAUGGGUAUUAUUGAGAAACUUGGGGUAAAGUGAACGUUUAAAAUUUUUCGGAUAUAUUAUUCCAAAGUUAUAAGCAGUUAUUGUGGAUCACAAAUCUUUUCAACUAGUUUGAAGCACUAAACAUUUUCUUAGCUAUAAUCAAUAUUUGUAUUCACGCAGAAAUGUCAGAAAAUUCC